AUGUCGCAUACCUCCUCACACCCUUUGUUUGUGAAUCUCCAACACAAAACAGAGAUGGCACCAUCUCUGGUCCAGGCGUACAGGAGGCGCUGGUGGAUGGCAGUGACUGCAGUGCUGGAGAACCUGCUCUGCUCCGCUGUUCUUCUAGGCUGGGGUUCCCUGCUUAUCAUGUUAAAAAGGGAAGGCUUCUAUUCUCACCUCUGCACCGGUAAUGAUUCCGUAGUUGUGCAUUUGGGCAAUACCUCCACUGGAGACUCAGAAGAGUGGCUCACAUGUGUAGACCAGGAGGAGAUGCUAAACCUGGGCUUCACGAUAGGUUCAUUCCUGCUCAGUGCCACCACCCUACCUCUUGGCAUUCUUAUGGAUAGAUUUGGGCCACGCCCCAUUCGCCUUAUGGGCAGUUUUUGUUUCGGUCUAUCAUGCAUCAUCAUGGCUGUGUCCACCUAUGACCCUGACAAGUUGUCAGCACUUAUAUUUUUGGCUCUCUCCCUAAAUGGCUUUGGGGGAAUUUGUCUGACAUUCACUUCUCUCACGCUUCCGAACAUGUUUGGGGCUCUCAGCUCCACAAUCAUGUCUCUGAUGAUCGGCUCCUAUGCGUCCUCAGCUGUCACCUUUCCUGGAGUUAAGCUCAUAUAUGAUGCCGACGUGACCUUUCAUGUGAUCAUGUGGGUAUGGGCAGGACUCGCAGGCUUUGUCUUCGUCAAUUGCUUCCUCAAUUGGCCCAUAGAAGGAUUCCCAACACCUGAUGAAGUGGACUAUAGCAAGAUUCUGACAGCAAAAGAACUCCCACUCUCUGACACAAAAGCAGAUGAACAGAAACUACAUGAAAAGAAUGGAGAUGUUCACCAUCAUUCUACAGACAAACUCACCACAAACUCUGACUCUGCAACCAAAAAUGUGCCGUUCCGCCAAUCUGUCUUCUCCCCUAUUUUCCUCUGGAGUCUUGUGACAAUGGGGAUGUCCCAGCUACGCAUCAUCUUUUUCAUGGGUGCAAUGAAUAAGAUGCUUGAGUAUAUGGUAACACACGGACAGGAACACCCAUCUGAGAAUAUUAUUGUUGAGUCAGCAGAAAAAGUGGGCUUCUACUCGUCCAUUUUUGGCACUCUGCAGCUUCUUUGCCUUGUUACUUGUCCUUUGAUUGGUUAUAUUAUGGACUGGAAGAUGAAAGAAUGUGUAGAUGAAACAAAAACCCCUGGAAAGAGUCAAAGCUGUGUACCCAACAGAGACCGCAAGAUCCAGAAAAUCACCAAUGCUAUGAGAGCUUUCAUCAUCACCAACUUGCUCCUGCUUGUUUUUGGAGUCUGUUGUCUCAUUGACAACCUUCCGCUCCAGAUUCUGACAUUCAUCCUUCAUACGAUGGUUCGGGGAUUCAUUCACUCGUGCUGUGGAGGUCUCUACGCUGCCGUGUACCCGUCCAACCAUUUUGGGACCCUGACAGGUCUUCAGUCCAUGAUCAGUGCUGUGAUCGCUCUCCUACAGCAGCCACUCUUCAUUGCGAUGGUGGGACCACUGCACGGAAAUGCAUACUGGAUCAAUUUCGGCCUGUUAAUCUUCUCCCUGGCUGGGUUCUUGUUGCCGGGAUACUUGUUUUACCAUAGACGUCAUUUACUGAAGGAGAAAGAAUCCAGAGACAAACAGUUGGGCCAAGAGAUGGAGGCUCUAAACCACACAGCGGCCAAUGGCCACAAGCCGCACACCAACGGCUACGCUGCUGUGGAGGCGUAA